UAUAAACUGACAGUUUGUGAACAUUCAUUCUGAUGUCUUCGUUUUAUAUUUCAGUAAAGAAAGUAAAGAAAAUUGAGCCGAAAGUAAAGAAAAUUAAGAUAGUUAAGCCAAAGGUGACGAAUACUACGAAAAUUAUGCCUAAAGAAAAGAAAGUUAAGAUAGUUAAGCCAAAGGUGACGAAUACUACGAAAAUUAUGCCUAAAGUGAUGAAAAAGACGAAAAUUAUGCCUCAAGUUAAGAAAGAUAAGAUAGUUGAGCCAAAGGUGACGAAAAUUAAGAAAAUAAUGCCCAAAGUAACGAAAACAACAAAAAUUAUGCCAAAAGUAAAGAAAGUGAAGACAAUCAAACCGAAAGUGACGAAAGCUACAAAAAUUAUGCCAAAAGUGACGAAAACUACAAAAAUCAUGCCUAAAGUAAAGACAGAGGAAAUAAUUAAGAAAAUACUAGGUUAUUGA